CAGCUCUUUCACUCGGUCGACUCGCCCUCGAACUCGACAUUCUAUGCAAAUAUACUGCUCUACUCAGUCGCACUAUAUUAGAGAGCAGCGGGUCAAGCGGUGCACAGCGAACGCAAGAUGUUGAAGUCCCUCCUUGCUUUCUCAUUCUUCUCUCUCCCUCCCUCUCCAAGAUCCGCCCUUCAACACAAGGGCAUCUCUUUUUUCCGGGUUGAGCCAGGAAGAAGCUAGGCCAUCAAUUCUGGACCUUGUUGUGGCAGAUGGUGACCGGGACGCUGUUGUGUCGACCAAUCACCACCCACCGAUGGAGCUGCGCCAUUAUCAAACAACAAGAUCGAAGUUUCAGGUUGUUCCCACUUCCUUUUGAAUCGCCAUCUUGGACCCCCUUCUUCAGGCUCAACGUGAGCACGUCUGCUCUUCAUAUCGCGCUUAGAAGCUUUUCUGGAAAUCGAGCGAUUGGGAAGAUGGAUCUGAUACAGAGUCGAUUGCUUUUGCCUGCGAUGGCAACAGAAAGCUGCUUUCCGUUCAAAUUACAAGCCUUCACAAAUCAACUUAUUCCACAGCAUAGCUGCGGGUGGAACGCUUACCCAAGAGAUUGACUGCGAUCGGGCAAAUCAAGUGCGCUAGAGACGAGUCAUUGUUCUUCGUCCGUCUGGACCGUCUUCCUCAGUUCCAACAUGAUGAUCGCACGUAAACUGGUUCCGCGCUGAUAGGGUCUGCAUAUUUCCUUGGGGCGUGCUCUUCGGUCUUAUGUGUGGCGUAUUGCAUG